AUGGAAUUCUUAUCUAUUUUGAUGGGGAAAGUCACAGCUUGCAUGAUCCAGCCAGUUGCGGGAGGGAUUGGGUAUUUCUACUACUACGAGAGAAACAUCACAUCUAUGCAAAAUGAAUCUGAGAAGCAGAAGAAUAUUAGAAGUGAGGUGCAGCGAAGAUCGGAAGAUGCUCGGAGAAACUUACAAGAUAUUUCACCCAAUGGCAAGGCUUGGUUAACAUGUGUUGAUACCACUACUGCAGAUGUGGAACGUGUAAUGGGAGGUAGAGCUGAGGUUGAAAGGGGUUGCUUCUUUGGUUGGUGUUCGAACAUGAAGUCAUGUUACUCGAUGAGCAGGAGAGCUAAGAAAAUUACAUUGAAACUUAUUGAAUUUCAAAAUGAAGGCAACAAGCCUGAUGUUUUCUCCUUUGAUCAUCCAGUCCAAAGUGAGGCAAUAUAUAGUAACAAUGGUGAGCAGUUUGACUCCAGAAAAUUUCAAGAGGAUGAGGUCAUGGCAGCUUUGAAAGAUGAUGGAGUCACUAUUAUUGGGAUAUGUGGUAUGGGUGGUGUUGGUAAGACAACAAUGACAGAGAAAAUCUGA